CUUGACGCGCUGCACGCAGGACACUAGACCGCAAGGGAGCCAUUACAGCGGCUUUGCAUCUGCUCAAUCGACUGACGGUGCCCAUCAGGGAUACGAGGUACUGUGGUGCUUCCCGAAUGUGGGGUUCCGGAGACGUAUAUGAGAAGUCGUGUGCAUUAAGUGUAGAUACAAAUUGAACUGCGCCGUCAUGUCGAACAUCAACCCGCUAGACAUUCUCGCCGUCAAGAACGUCAUCUCGCGCUAUUGUGAGGCAUUAGACGCGAAGGACUUCGCGCUGCUCAAGAAGGUCUUUCUGCAGGAUGUCAGUGCAGACUAUCCCUUCAUUUCAAACUUGCAAGGCGUCGAUGCAGUCGCGAAUGCUAUUAAAAAUAGGCUAGGGCCCGUACGGACUCACCAUAACCUCACAACGCAAAGGAUAGUCUUCGAUGACACAGGCGAGAGUGCGCAUGCCAUUACGUACUUUCAAGGUGCACAUUUUGGGCAGGGUCCGCACGAGGGCACGCUUCUUUGUGCGUAUGGAAAGUAUAUCGACGAUCUGGUGCUUCUCAAAGCCAACGGCGACACCGAGGGUGUGCUUGGAGCAAGCGGCAUUUGGAGAAUAAGAAAGCGGAAGGUAGUUUUCACACAGAGAAUCGGGGAUGAGAAUAUCAUGACCAAGCACUGAGCGCAGAAGUUCGCAAUGGGAAGGCUCUCAUUCAGCAGCGGCGAGUAUGCAGUGUGCUGCUUCGCGCUUGCUCCUUCCAUCAUACUCUAAACAUCUUAUCACAACGCUUUGUAGCCAGCGAGUACAACUACAUUCAUACGAAUAACAGCAGCGUCAUUCUUGUUUCCGCUGUAUCACUUUCGCUAUCUCGGACGGAAUCGCUGCCGCCGCUAUCUACAUGGAUGUACUGUACGCAGCUCCUCCAGACCAACAGAAACAGAUGCUCAGCAAAUUUCUUCGGCCCAAGAUACAUGCUAUUCAGCCCCGG